AACAGGCGGAUGGAGUUUGUCUUAGAGAUCAAUGAACAAAGUACAUCGUUAGAUUCAACAACAGCCGCCAUUUCCGUUGAACGAUGUAAAUUCACCGUAGAAAAUACUUAGCAAUUGAACAUCACAUGGAUCACUGUCUACACGUGGUGUAAGCGGAUUAUGUACCUAUGUGUGCAAUGAUGUUGGAUUACAUACACAUGAAUGAGAGAAGCUGACUGGUGUAUCUUCAACAGAACCUGGGAACUUUCUAGUGAAGAAACGUGUUCAGGGGGAGUAAAGCGGAGGCACUACAGCCGGUCUGGGAAAGAUCAGAUGGAUGUCCUCGGUGAAAAUGAGGCCCUGCAGCAAUUUUUUUAUGGGCAGGAUGUCAGUGGUGUAUUGGACAGCGCAGCGGUCGAUACCAGCAUUCUAGAGCAAUAUCUCAGCAAUGAUAUCGACCCCACUUUUAUGUUACCCGAAUCACCUCCAGAUUCGGCUUCAGAGCCGUGUUCACCUCCACAAAUUCCAGAUGUCCACUUUGCAUCAGAUUUAUCCUCUGAGCAGCUGGCUCCUGGCCUGCGCACCACAGCCGGACAGAUUCCUGCUCCUUUCUGUCAUCUUAAGGCUCCACCAUCCUCUGAGUAUGAUAUGGUGAACUCCAUGAAGCAUAUAAAGAGCAAAUCACCUGCUACAGCUCUGAACGUGUGUGAUUCAUCCAUACACUGUUCGUACAGCAGUCCUAAUGAGAGCUGCAUACAGAGCGCCGGGCCACCGGUACAGCAUGACCCAAUAGAUGCAGUCAGAGGCUACACAGAAGCUGCCACUUCCAGCACGUCUCCAUGCCUUUUACCUCAUGUAUGUGUGGAUCCAUACAUGGCCUCCAAAGCUGGUCUGAGCACAGGGGAAACGUUAGCUGAAAAGAAUAAGAGAAAGCGUUCAAACUCCUUCGAUGUAAACACACCUGACAGCCAGUGGAGAGACCAAGCCAGCGUUUGGACCAAGCCUUCAUUUUGUCCUGAGAGGGCUGUGUGUAACAUGCCAGGCUAUGAGGGUGAUGUCCAAGCAGCAGGUUCAGCAAUGACAUACCAGCUUCUGAAAUGGGACCGCUAUCAACCGAGCCAGUGGAGCAGCCUCUACAACAGCAGUCACCAAAUUCUCCCGUCACCAGGUUACCACGUGGACACAGAUAAAGGGUUUAGCUACUCAGCAGCUGAUGAAGCAUUCGUGUGCCAGAAGAAAAACCACUUCCAAGUCACAGUACACAUCGGCAUGGCCGGAGACCCCGUAUAUGUGAACACACCAGCAGGUCCUAUGCCUGUAGACAGCUUCCAAGUGAAAGUCUUCGGAAUUAAGCUUGAGGCUCAGAACCAUCACAUCACCAUCGAGCAGUCACAAUCAGACCGCAGCAAAAAACCUUUCCUUCCAAUCCAAGUAAACUUGCCUGGAAAUAAAAUCACCAAGAUUACGCUUGGAAGGUUACACUUUAGUGAGACGACCGCUAAUAAUAUGAGGAAGAAGGGCAAACCCAAUCCUGACCAGAGGUACUUCCUAAUGGUUGUGGGACUUUAUGCUACAGUCAAAGAGAAGAGUUACGUACUGGUUGCAAACGUAUCUGAGAGAAUCAUCGUCAGGGCAUCAAACCCCGGGCAGUUUGAGAAUGACAGCGAGGUGCUCUGGGUAAAAGGGCAGACCCCAGACUCGGUGGUGUGCCAGGGACUUGUGGGGAUCAACACCGAUACCCCAGAUGAGGCCUUGGUGGUUUGUGGAAACGCCAAGAUAAUGGGCACGGUCAUGCACCCCUCAGACAGCAGAGCGAAGGAGAAUGUCAAAGAGGUGGAUUCAACAGAACAGCUGAAACGAAUAGCUCAGAUGAGGAUUGUUGAAUAUGACUACAAACCAGAGUUUGCAUCAAAAAUGGGCAUCGAUCAGGUGCAUGAAACAGGCAUUAUAGCGCAGGAGGUAAAAGAGCUGCUUCCCACAGCGGUGAGAGAAGUAGGAGAUGUCACAUGUUCAGAUGGACAGAAAAUACACAGCUUCCUGAUGGUGGACAAAGAACAGAUUUUUAUGGAGAACGUAGGAGCUGUAAAAGAGCUCUGCAAGCUUACCGAUAACCUGGAGACACGUAUUGAGGAGCUGGAGGUGUGGAACGCUCGCCUGGCCAAGCUAAAGAACCUGGGGAGCAUGCGCUCCAAAAGCACCGCUGCAAGCAAACGAGGAGUCACUAAAAGCAACAGAAUCCAAACACCAGCUCCUCCCCAAAAGCCCUCACCAUUAAAAACUAGUAAAGAGUAUGUGCGUGAGAAAUACCAGCACUGCCUCCAGCACCGAUUAUUCCAAACCACAAUCAUUCUGCUUGUGGUAACUAUGGCUUUUUGUGCCAUCUGUAUCACGUCACUGUACAUGCUCACAUUAAAAGAAGACAUAGACUUUGAGUCCAGUAACAGCAGUAUGCAUCCGAGCUCGAUCCCUACGACUACAGAAACGGUGAUUACAGACUCCACAGUCUCACCUACUACAUCAUCUCCUGGCACUUGGCCACCAGAGAUCGAUUUUUCCGGCGUGUUUUACUCGGAUGAAGUUUAUUGCUGUCUACAUACGUCAUCCGGCAGCCGUGUGUCUGUCACACCGAGCUCAGGUGUUCCUGCAGGCUUUCAUAAAACACCUCCUCAUAUUGAAAAUAGUCAGACAGCUAAUAUUCCAUGGGAAUGGUUACAUUUCUUCAGCGACUUUAGAAACACAACCAUUAGUUCUAUCCUUAUCACCCAGAACCAGCAGGUUAUAGACCACCAAUAUAUAGACCAGCAGGACUCUCGGAAAGGGAACUACAGCUAUCGGAUCCCCAUUAGCAAACACAUUCCCAUCAACAUGCCAGUCACCCUGCAGAUGAACACUACUGAGCUGUUAGUGGCUCACUUGUGUGCGUAUGAGCUGAGAGAGGAGUGCACUGCUGUGAUGGACAAUAAUGACUCUGAAUUCUACAGAGUUCUCAACACACAGGGGUACGUACACGAGUGGCCCCUGUCAGUCGCCCGACAUUUCCGUUCAUCUUAUCACUUCCGUCUCUCGGUAGCGGGCCAUGCUCACUGUUCUACAGACCCCAACUAUGUGGGAAUUCUGUUUACUGACUACCAUUUCCAUUUCUACCGCCACUGCCAGUGAUCCUGGAUUGAUCCUAAUCACCCAUAAUAAUCACAGAUCCUCCUAAUGCUUUGACAAGAUUUAAAGCAGGAAGAAGUGAUACUGACUACCAAGGCUUGGCUUGCGUAUAUAACUGUGUGUGUGUGUGUGUGUGUGUGUGUGUGUGUGUGUGUGUGUGUGUGUGUGUGUGUGUGUGUGUGUGUGUGUGUGUUGAUUUUAUGUAGCAUAUAUACAGUAAUCUGUCAAUAGUAGAAAUAUGGGUUAGGAUAAUACACUGUCAAAUAAGUGUUUAAAGGGUUAAUAAGGGCUAAAAUGGAAAGAAUAAAAAAAAAAAUAUCCAGUACAACAAUGAAAAAUGAUUCACAAUUCAGUCCUUCAGGCUAAAGCUGCACUAUGUGUAGGAAGUUCCCUUGGUUUCUAUCCAGGGGUUUGAUGAUGUUGGUUCCCUGACCAAUCAGGGUCAACGGCCUUAUAAAAAAUUUAUUGGAACUAACAUCGUUAUCGCUGAGAGCCUGGGAAUGCUGGUACAUGACAUACCUGUCUGCUCCGGUCUCUCAGGCCAUUCAAUCAUUAACGGACAGUAUACGGUGGACUUCAGCUAUUAACGAUCCCGUACGCUCUGUAAAUGCAUGAUAGGUUUAACUUCUGUGUCACAACUUCUUAUCUCAUAUUAAUAUAUGUAUUUGUGGAAAAAAAAGUGUUCAGCUUAUCGUCAGAAGAUCAUGAGCUUGAAUCCUGACAGUUCUACAGCCAUCCGUGAACAAGAGCAAAGCUGUGCUCUAUCUAUCACCGGUGACACUGGCAAGUCUCAGACAUCACCUAUAUGGAAGAGGGUGGAUUUGUCUCUGAGUGCGUCACAAUGAACUAUAAUGUACGCUGCAUGAGCAGGAGUUUGGUGGCUUCAUGUGUUACUGUAGGUAUGAUAAUGGUGAGCUGGUGGGUGGGAAUUGGCAAGAGACCAAAUUGGGGAGAAACCCGGCACAUAAAUCUUUGAAUUGCGAGAAUCAUUUUUAAAAUAAAAACACAAUAUCUAUGGCCUGAACAGAAUAUUAGAACCCAGUCAUCGUGUGUGUGUGUGUGUGUGUGUGUGUGUGUGUGUGUGUGUGUGUGUGUGUGUGUGUGUGUGUGUGUGUGUGUGUGUGUGUGUGCAAGUUACACUAGCUCACUGCACAAGACUUACUGCUAAAAUUUCACUACAACAAUCCCUAAAUGAACAGGCUUCUAUAUAAUGUAUUUCUUUAUUAUUAUUAUUAUUAUUAUUAUUAUUAUUAUUAUUAUUAUUAUUAUUAUUAUUAUUAUCCAUAUUUGAUAUGGUUACUUUUGUUUGCACUGCUCAAUGUGUUCACGGAUUUUUGUAUCAAACAAACUACGAUUGGAGACGAAGAAGAAAAUCAGCCAUAAUAAUAAUAAUAUUCACCACACAAUUUUGUAUUUAAACAAAAACAAUAACACUAAUUUGAAUCAGAAUGUUUGCAAUGUUGUUCAAUUAUUGUGUCAGUAGAAGCAGACUGUAAAGAGACAAACUUCUA